UACGGCGUGACAGAAGUGAAACUACGCACAAGUAGGGUGACUAAAAAGAACUUGUUGAUAUCUAGUUACCGUUCCAGUGAGGUUUUAAAAGAAUACUAUGGCUGAUGGAAAAGACGCAGUGUAUGCUGACCAGCCGUGCAAAGUGCUUGAAAGUCUUUUACCACCUUCUCCAACUUGGUAUACGUCUUAUGGUUGCGACGGGAAUGAAAUUGGUGUGUUUGUGUGUGCCUCUCGCAACUUCCUCAACGUUUUUAAAGUAAAUAAACUGACCACAGCGGCAGAAUUGGCGGUGGAUUCGGACGUUACGUCGACGAGUAAUGAAUUAAUAAGUUACAAUUUACUCGCUUCUCUGUCUCAUGCCGAAAAAGUGCACGUUACAGCUUUAGGACCGCGGCACAGAAUAGCCAAAGACGACGAUUUGGUCCUCGCUGUUGCAUGCUGUGAUGACGGAACCGUCCACCUGUGGGACGUAUUCAGUCAGAAAGAAAUACAAUAUCAUGAUAAGCAUAAAUCAAAAGUCACUGCUACAGCAUGGUCGCUGUCUGAACCCGAUUUUGUCAUCACUGGUGAUGAAAGGGGCUUUAUUGCUUUAUUUAAAUUUGAUACAAACUGUUCUUUAAAGUUACAUCAUCCUGAGAAAUGUCAAGUCUCUUGUAUGACUUUUUCUCCUCACAAUUUGGAUCUAUUGGCUGUUGGCUAUAAAUCUGGAAACAUUAUUUUAAUGAAUGUAUCUACCACGUCGUUAACAGUUGUAAAGAAAUUUCCAGGCCAUCAUGAUGAUAUAACAUCUUUGGUGUGGUGUCCCCAGCCUGGGGAACAGUUUUGUGCUCAGAAACCCAACGAAGCGGAAACAGACACAAAUACUGAGAGUUGCCCAACCACAGAGACUGGCUACUUAUUUGCUUCUGGCAGUAAAGACCAGAAAAUCUGUAUUUGGAGUACUAAGAAAGACUAUUGUUUAACUUCAAUGUCCCUACCAAAUAAUGUUGGUACGAAACGAGAAAAGUCUUCAGAAACUGUGCGGCUGUGGGUAGCUCUACACUGGCCACGAAAGCAUCCUCACAAUUUAGUCUCCUCUGUAUAUUCAGGCGUAAUGCUCAAGUGGGAUCUUAGUUAUCCUGGGAAAAAGAAGUUUGUUAUUUUCAGUGCCGCAUCAAACUGCUCUCAUAAUCGUAUUGUUUUCAAUAUUGCUUCACUUGGACUUGACCACAACAUUUUGCUGACCAAUUCACAAGACAGAAAUAUGAUUUUUUGGGAUGUUGACAAAUGUAAAAGCAUUCACAUUGUAUCUACAUUUGGAGGGUUUGUGUAUGAUGUGCAUGCUGUUCCCUUGGACCCUGGACGAAUUGCACUUGGCAUUGGUGAUAACACCAUCAGAAUUUGGAACCGUACCAAAGAUUCUAAUCGAUUUCUUGUACAAAUUUGGCAGAAAAUUAAAUCCAAAGUGACUGUGGUCCGAUGGCACCCCACAUAUGAAGGUCUCCUUGCUUAUGGCACCGAUGAUGGUCGAGUGGCUACUGUUGAAGUCAAUUCUCACAAGCCUCCUUCAAUAUGUCCAAGCUACCAUUCCAAAACUGUGUACUGUCUUGACUGGGGAAAGCCAACAUACAAAGCUGGAUCAACCAAUACCAACCGAUCUUUAUAUAAUCUGUAUAGCCAAGGUGAAAAUACAAUUCUUCAGCAUUAUAUUAAUUCUUCAGAACCUGCCACUAACGUUAACCAUAUAAUUCAGCACACCAAUGGAAAAAAUGACUCUGGAACCUUCCCGAAUCGCACUGAGAUUAGAUGGAGCCCUGAUUUCUCAUUAGUUGCUAUUGGUAACAUUGAUGGGUCUGUCGAGAUAUUUCUUCCUCCACAUUUACAGAUAAUGUGUACGAUAAAUAUUUUCUCUAAAAUCAUCAACUGCAUCAGUUGGCACCCUUUAUACACCACCAGCUACAACAUGAUGUCUACCUGCUCCAACUGGUUAGCUAUAGGCUCCAAUGAUUCUGUUGUACAUGUUGUUGACCUCACUAUUGUCAUUAAAGAGAAGGCUUCACACAGCAACGAAACAAUAGUAAUCACUGAGAGUCUUCGCAGCCUGGAAGGUCACAGUAAGAGAAUCACUGGUCUGUGUUGGAGUACACACAAUGAAGGUCACCUAGUCACAAUUUCUUAUGACAAAACUGCUGUGGUGUGGGACGUUAAGAAAGGUGAGGCCUUAGCUCAUUACCGCGGUCAUUCGGGUCGAUUGAUGUGUGUUAGUUGGAGUUUAAUUGACCCUAACCUCAUAUACACUGGAUCCGAUGAUUGUUUCCUUCAUGGAUGGAGAAUAUCAGAACACCAUUGUCAACCAAAACUUAACAUCAAGAGAAGUGUGAAGGUGAAGAAACGUUCGACGGCAAAGAAAGCAGGUGGGUCGGCUGCUUCUGCCUUGACCACUUUGGAGAAAAAUGAGGAAUUAGUUGGAAAUAAAGAAAGAUCAUCCUCACCGUCCACAGAACUGUCUGAUGUUCAACUGGGAAUUGAAACUGGUGAUUCUACUUCCUCUUCAAACAAGACGGUUCUUGCAACUGACGAUUCUCAAAAUCAUGAUGAACCUGUUGGAGAAGAAGGAAACCUUAGCAGUGUUGAUGAUCCUAGUGGUCUACAGACAGAAACGGUUCCAAACAAAUCCAGCAAAAUAAGUGCACAGUCAAUCUUGGGACCACACUUAAGCAGCUCCAGUAAUUUAUCUGCACCUAAACAAUACAAAAGCAAAGAUAAUGUAAAAAAAUCUCUACGGAAAACACGCAAGUCCUUUUUCCCAUUGUCCACCAAAAUGGAGCAACGUGGCCGAGAAAGCACUCUGAACGACAUAGUUAAUCUUGCAAAGAAGACAUACGAUCCUGAUUCCAUCACAGAACCUUUAGAAUUUCAUCUUGGAUUUUUCUUAGGACGGAGAGAGGCAUACGAACUGCUUAAAAUAGAAGGCCAAUCACACAUUGACCAUGACAAUAUGGAGUACCAUCUACAUAUGGAAAUUUGGAAAGGUAACAUCACUACUGCACUGACUUGGGCCAAGGAACGAGAAGAGUUGAGUGACUGGCUUGUUGCCAUGGCACCAUUAGCAUCACAUGGGACAUGGUUGACAGUGUGUGAAGACUACGCAUAUCAACUGGAAUCAGAUGGUGAAUACCACAAAGCUGUCACAUAUCUUGUGGCCUGCCAUCGGAUCUACGAAGCCAUUGAUCUGUUCAAACGUCACCGCUUGUUCAAAGAAGCUGUAACCUUUGCCAAGGUCCGCCUCUCCCCUGUUGACCCAGUGUUCGAGGACCUGUACAGUAUGUGGGCCCAACAACUGGCCAAGGAAGGGAAUUAUGAACAAGCAGCAAAAUGCUACCUUGCAAUAAAACAGGUGCAAGAUGCAAGUCGAUGCCUUACCAAAUACGUAAGUAUUCAUAUAAAUUUUAUAUUGUGUUUCUAUCUUCAGGUGUUUACUCUGGUUAUCAGCAUGCAUGAGUUAAUGAUGAGUGAACUCCUGACACUGAUGCCCAGUGUUGUGUAUGCCAAAGAUUCCUCCGACUUUGUACUUCACAAAAGAAGGACGACAUCAUUAACAGGAUCAAAAACACUGUUGCCAGAUUUCAUCCUGGAUAGCAAUGAUAUUGAUCCCCUGUGCCCUUGGAAACCAUACCUCAUCAAUAAACACACAUUCUUCAAUCAUGUACUGCGUUCUUGGCACCAAUGUCUGGAUGUCGAUCUUGAAAGCAGCAGUGUGGAAGAUAUGUACAAGAUUUUCAACACUCUUAUUUCUGGCAGGCAAAGUUUUGUCAAUAUUGAUCAGCUUUUGAUGCAGAACUGCAUGGAUUUGACUUUGUGCAUGCUGUCUCUUCUGCAAGGUGAGACAACGGCAGCGAUUAAGCAUUUGCUGCAAGCUAUGGUUAACCUCCACGAUGCUAGUCAGUACCAGUUGCUGCAAAUCAUUUCUCAGUUGUGCCUUCCUCAAGGUCCGAAAUACCUGUUAAAACUACAACAAGAAGUGACCGCUGUUAGAGUAUUGAUAACAAUUGACAAAAGUGGUGAUGACCUAUCGAAGCUGGACACAACUCUUAAGAUGAACACUACCAAGCGAUACCUCUCCGAUCUGAAAGAUGACAAUCAAGUGUUCAAUUCCAGUCUCCGCUGCCGAGAAUUAGAUUGUGUACGGGCCUAUUACUACAUUGGCGUGCUUCGUUAUCUCUUCGACAGACAGCAGAGCCUGGAAUCUAAAACCAUUCCACCACAACAGUCAGCAGUGUCAAAGACGGUCCACGCCAAGUCUCGGACGGACGAAGAUAACAAUCCUUACAUACCGUUCCAGCCUCUGCAUGAGCUUGAAAGCACGAACCAAACGAAAGAUAACAGUCCGGUCGAGAAGACCAACACCAACAACAACAACAACAACAACAACAUUGCUGAUAGUCACAGCGAUGGCAUCAACACAAACCAGAAUAACAACAAACAGUCCUCUAACAACCAGGAGUGUUGUCAUGACAAUAGGGCAAGAACAGACUUCAAACUAACUUUCCAUAAAUUUAGAUACUUAUCCAAGUGUCUCUUGUGGGACAUACAGGGCAAACGAUUUGCUUUGACCGAGAAAUUAGGUUACAUUCACAGGGCAAUAUCUCAGUUACUUCUUGAACAGAAACCCAAAAACGAUAAAACCGACGGUGGAACAAUCUUAUGUGAGAAGAACGGGAAAAGUAAUUCUAACAAUGAAAAUUUUCAAAAAACUGAAGACCUACCUUCCCAGGAAAACGUGCGUCUUCAGACCCCUGAUCUCAUCCCUACUGGGCACGAGACCUCUAUUCCCAGUCCCUUACAGAGUGGAGCGAGUAGUCCCACAGAAAUUAAAGAGCUGCCCCUCCCCAUUAACGAGAUAUUGGUCGAUGAGCCGUCAGCCCACGUGGCGAAUGUAAGCCAUUGCUUGUCUCCUUGUCAGGAAGAUGAACCUUACAAGGCUGUAACAAAGCCACGGAAAGUUCUAUGGAAAGACGAGCUCCCGGCUAGCAAUCAUUUGUGUCCCCUUCACAGGAAGUAUGUCAAUGUCCCCGAUGUUUGGUAUGACUAUACAGUAGAUGAAAAAUACACAAAGCCAUACGUUACCAUGGCAAUUCUACAAGACGAACAGGAGUUAGUGAUGUCGGAACUGAAACAAGGUCCAGAAAACCCAACACAGGUAGGAAACAAAAGAAUGCUAAUUGUUUAUUGCUUAGGUGUUGUUUAACUUCCUGACCUCUUU